CGCCCCCCCGCCGGGCGGAAGGGACUCGGAGCCCGUCACAUGACGGUCGGCCUGUGUCUGAGCUGGCGCUGACCGCGGUCCCCACGCCGGGAAGGGCGGCGCAGGCGCGGAGGAGGCCCCAUGGCGGGGCUCUUCGGGGGCGUGGAGGGGGGGGCCACCCACUCCAAGGCCGUGCUGCUGACCGGAGACGGCGAGGUGGUGGCCGAGGUGUCCGGGCCGAGCACCAACCAGUGGCUGAUUGGACUGGAGCAGUGCGCAGAAAGGAUCAAUGACAUGGUGACCAAAGCCAAGGAGCAAGCGGGGAUCAGCGUCACUGAGCCGCUCCUCAGCCUGGUAAGUCCGGGGCAGAGGUGGGCACGGGGGCCCGAGGGAGAACCUAGGCCUGAGCACCCGAGAGUCCCUGUCACCGGCACACAGACGGACAACGGGGCCGGAGGGCACGGACAGGAGGUAGUCUGGUUUGGGGUAACUGCUGAGAAAGUUUCUGACAUGGCUCCGCCCCAGAUACUACCGUGGACCGAGUGGCUACAGAACCACUACCCCCACCUGAGCGACAGCUACUUCAUCUCCACGGACGCCGCGGGCUCCAUUGCCACGGCCACGGCCCACGGUGGCGUGGUGCUCAUUUCCGGCACAGGGUCCAACUGCAGACUGGUCAACCCGGACGGCUCCGAGGAAGGCUGUGGCGGCUGGGGGCACCUCAUGGGCGACGAGGGCUCCGCCUACUGGAUCGCCCACAUGGGCGUGAAGACGGUUUUUGACACCAUGGACAACCUGGAGGUAUCUCCACACAGCACAGACUUCGUUAAAAGGGCCAUGUUUGAUUACUUCAAGGUGUCUGACCGGAUGGGACUCCUCACCCACCUCUAUAGAACCUUCGAUAAAUCCAACUUUGCUGGAUUUUGCCAGAAAAUUGCAGAAGGUGCUUGUCAGGGGGACGCCCUCUGCCACCAUAUUUUCAGGAAGGCCGGAGAAGUGCUGGCCAAACACAUACUGGCGGUGCUGCCCAAGAUACAGUCGGAACUGUUCCAAGAGCCAAUGGGCCUCCCCAUUCUGUGCGUGGGCUCCGUGUGGAACAGCUGGGAGCUGCUGGAGGAAGGGUUCGUCAGCACCCUGGCCGAGGGCCGGAAGAUCCAGAGGGCCUUCUCCAAGUUCACGCUGCUGAAGCUGACGCACUCCUCUGCCCUGGGCGGGGCCAGCCUGGGGGCCCGGGUCAUUGGGCGGAAGCUCCCCCUGAACUACGACCACACGGCGGAUCCUUUCUUCGAGCACACCUUCUAGCAGGGCUGGCCUCUGCCCCGACGGCGGGUCAGUGCUCUCGGCAAUCAGUACAGAUGGCUGAAAUUAUAGAGAAUUACCUCCGAAUCGCCUCAGGUAGCUCCAGAAACAGACUCCCGUGGUCCGGGAGUUGGGGUGGCUCCGCCUCCUUUGCCAAAGGAGUCGCUCCCGUCAGGUGCUUGAGAGCCCACCAGAUGUGGGUGGGCUGCUUGAAGCCCCCUGCCCCCCAGGGGCUGCCCGCCCCACUUGUGGGAGACUCUGAUUGUUAAGACUUUGUUCCUGAUUUUAAAAUUAAAUUGGCUUCUUUGCAAUAUC